CGGGACGACAGCAGCCCAAGGGGAUCUCUGUGUGGGACAUCAGAACAGGAGGAAGGGUCUGGGAUUUGCCUUCGUGCCUGGAUUGCCAGAUCCACGCAGCAGGCUCAGCCUGCCAAGACGAUGACAGUCACUUAUUCCAGCAAAGUAGCAAAUGCCACUUUCUUUGGAUUUCACAGAUUACUCCUAAAGUGGAAAGGCAGCAUCUACAAAUUGCUGUACAGAGAAUUUAUUGUUUUUGCUACCCUUUACACAGCGAUAAGUGUAUUAUACAGAUUUUUUCUUACAGGAAGCCAAAAACGGUUCUUUGAAAAAUUAUCAAUUUACUGUGACAAAUACGCUGAACAAAUCCCAGUAACUUUUGUGCUUGGUUUCUAUGUCACACUGGUGGUGAAUCGCUGGUGGAACCAGUUUGUGAACUUGCCAUGGCCAGACCGACUGAUGUUCUUGAUCUCCAGCUGUGUCCAGGGGAGAGAUGAAUAUGGCCGCUUGAUCAGGAGAACUCUAAUGCGUUAUGUGAAUUUAACUUCUCUGCUGAUCUUUCGCUCCGUGAGCACGGCUGUGUACAAAAGGUUUCCCACCAUGGACCACGUGGUGGGUGCAGGUUUUAUGACUAGACAUGAAAGAAAAAUAUUUGAUGACCUUAAGUCUCCCCAUCUGAAAUAUUGGGUUCCCUUUGUCUGGUUUGGAAAUUUGGCAUCGAAGGCACGAAAUGAGGGUAGAAUUCGAGACAGCGUGGAUCUGCAGACACUAAUGAAUGAAAUGAAUAAGUUCAGAUCUUGGUGUAGCCUUUUGUUUGGCUAUGACUGGGUUGGAAUUCCUCUGGUCUAUACACAGGUCGUUACUCUUGCAGUAUAUACCUUUUUCUUUGCCUGUCUAAUAGGCCGCCAGUUUUUGGAUACUGACCAAGGGUAUCAGGGACAUGACUUAGAUCUUUACGUUCCAAUCUUUACGCUGUUACAGUUCUUCUUCUACGCAGGAUGGCUGAAGGUCGCAGAACAACUUAUUAAUCCAUUUGGAGAAGAUGAUGAUGAUUUUGAAACUAAUUGGUGCAUCGAUAGAAACUUACAGGUCUCACUUCUGGCGGUGGAUGAGAUGCACAUGAACUUACCAAGAAUGGAAAGAGAUAUUUACUGGAACGAUUCUUCCGCCCGGCCGCCCUACACAAAAGCAGCUGCUGAUUACUGCAUUCCUUCAUUCCUUGGAUCGACGAUUGAAAUGGGGCUGGCUGAUACUGAAUUCCUCUAUGGCGAAGAGUGGCCCUGGGAAGAGGAGAAACACCACAGACAACAUUCAGUGCUGAGAAGAGUUAAGAGAUUUCUCAGCGUCCAUGAGGGCCCUUCAUCCCCCUCUCACCGGCGCUACAACCGGCAGACAAGUGAGAACUCGGUGUUCUUCCCUGCAGAUGAGAAGGGACAUAUCAGGAGGCUGCAGGAAAUGCAUACUAGGGGGAGACAUUCUACCUCCAGCUUCAAGAAGAAACACGAAGGAGCUGACCGAAGUAGCAGACUUCACAGUAGCAGGGAUCUAGGACCUAUCAGUGAAACCUCCAGGAACGAGGCACUGCUCAAUGACAGUGACACCUCAUCUGAGACCAACAAGCCAGUUCCUGAGGUCAUCGUCACUGAAGCUGAGGAGAAAGCACCUGAUGUGCUGGCCAAGACAGCUCUGCAGGCAGAGAGCGCCAAAGUCAUGCCAGAAGAGAAGCUCCAAAGGAGCCUAACCGAGGCAGAUGUGUCUCUUAUGGACCUUUCCUUAUUCCCCCCAGAAGUGACUGCACACCUCCCAGACACUGAGAUGCAUCAGUCACUGCCUAGCAUGACAACGGAGCCCAGACAUGAAGCCCACAGUAGUAACAUAGCCGGUCUCAUAACAGAUCAUGAGAGAUACCUUCAGCGAUGGAGCUUACCGAGCUUCCAUAGUCCCAGCACUAUGCCCAGUGCUGACUCUGCACCUUCUGUAACAGAUGCUGAGACAUCUUCACAUCCAAGGACUGUGGUAAGUGAUGGAAAAAGCGUUACUUCUGCUGCUGCUCCAGAGACAUUUGAAAUGCACCACAUAUUGGAUAAUCUGGAUACCAAAGAAACAGCCAUAGUAGAAUUUUCUAGUGAAACAAGUAAAAGAAAUCCUUAACAGUGCUUCUGUCUGUGGCUCAGCUUCCUGUCUUUUCUUGAAAGUGGUUCUCUCAGAUGUUUGUUGGAAGGCCCAGAAAGUCAGACAUGAUGCUCAGACAAGUCCUGAGCAAGAUCCAACAGAGGAUUCAGGCACCUAAACAUGAGGCACUGCAGUAUUCUGGGCCACUUGGUCACUGGUUUCAAAUUUGUGACCUUGUGAGGAAAACACUUAUGGGGAGGACUGAGAACCUCAAAAAUGGUUUCAAACCAGCCAGUGUACAUGGCAGUGAGAUGUGUGGGCUUACCUAUAGGAAACACUAAGAUAAAGAAUAGCAGAGGUGGCUUUUUCCACUUUACAUGGAAUAAAAAAUACUUGAAUAUUGCCACAUAAUUUGAUGGAUACUCCUUCAGACUUAAAUCCAUAACACCCUUGUAAGACAACCAACACUUUUGGUUUCUAGUCAAGGAGCUGGAAGGGGAGGUUUGGGCUCAAUACCCUCCUCAGCCCACUAAAUUCCAAUACUUAGAGGAAUGCUUGAAUAAAACAGGCACCUUAUUGUGGCUUGAGGGGGGCAAGAGCCCGCUAUGCUCCUGCUGAAGCUAUGCCACUACAGACUGAAAAAUAAAAAUGAAAUACUUCAUGUUAAAACUCCUUUAAGAAGAAUGGAAGAGACAACAUUUCUGAUGAACUAGGCACGGGAGGCACGAGUCUUGGUCUGUGCUAAGAGCACAUACAUAGCUUAUCCAGGGGCCAUGGCCCUCUCUCAAGAAGGAGAGGAGCAGAGGUAACUGAACUGAGGCCUCCAUUUAUGGGGAGCUGCAGCUGGCAGCGCAGACAAUAAUAGUACUGGGACUAUAAGAGUGGUGAGGCACUGGACCAGAUUGCCCAGAAAGCUGGUGGAUACUGCCACUUCCACUCACUCUGCCUGCGCUCCAUGCCAAGGGGGGACAUACAAUAGCCACUGAGUGGUUAAGCUUCAGUUAGGUCCCACAGAGGCAUCUAUUAGAUACUGAAAGAUGUUAGGUUAGGGAUGACAGUUCUGAAGUCCCACGGUCUAUUAUGCAGUAAACAAAACAGUAUUUCACACGUAGCAAGCCAGCUCCAGGUUAGUUACGAUAUUCCAUUCAUUAGCUCACAGAGAAGCCGGUGCUGGGAUGAGCUAUCAGAAAAAUUUCCUUGCAUUUAGUCUAUCUGUUGCAAACAUCUUCAGGCUCUGACUUAUAUUACGUUUUCUUUUGGGAUGACGUGCUCCCUUUAGCACUUCUAGUGAACUAUUUGCCUUAGCAUAGCAAACGGAUGAUUUCAGCAACCCCAGCAACUCACAAUGCACGUUCACUGGCAUAAAGAAUGUAGAAUUAUGGCAUGAAUAAAGGCAUUUUGAGAAACACGGAUGUCUUGACUGUAUUGAACUGUCAAGAAACACUUCUGGUAGAAAUGUGGACUACCAUGCAAGUCAACUUGAUGUCUACCUGGAACAAAGAUGCAAACCUACAGAAGUGGGCAAAGCUUGAAAAGACUGAGGAAGUGAUGGGAGCAACGUGGUCAGCAUGUCCUAUCUCUCCCCCCUGUCCCCCCAGGCUGCCAAGUAAGUUGUAUAUUUAAUUGCUGCUGACCCUCUCAACCCCCUCAGAGCACGUGGCCCUGGCAUGGCAGGAGCCACUGCAAGGAAACAAAAACCAAAGCACCAUUAGGUCCAAAGCAGAUUUCAUUUGGUUAAGCUUUAUUUGCAUGUACAGAGGCAGCAACAGUUUUAACAAUCAAAACAAAUAUUCCGGUUGGUAUCAUUUUGGUAAAUCUCCUUUGGCUCAAUCAGCUGUAGAAAGUUCAGCAAUUCCCCCUGUGUGGAUUGCAGUCUGGCUUUUGAAAUGCAAAUAGAUACCCUGAACCCAGAAGGUCAAAAUCAAAUGACAUUGAACACCAAGACCCAGAGCAGAAGUAAAAAGUCAAGAGAACA